ACUUCCCGCUCACAAGUUUCCCUUCCUCGACCCUCGCCGUUUUCAUUCGUUUUCCUUCCCCACAUUCCUUUGUGCCUAUCCACCACCCAGCUCGAGCUUUCCUCCACACAAGCAGGAACCUCAGACGAAACAACUCGAAACAAAUGUUUACCGCUGCUUUCAUCGCUGCCGCUUUGCCCUUGCUGGCAGCCAUCACCCCGGCCCUCGCACAAGGCCAGACCUGUAACGCUACCAGCCAGUGUAGCUCCGACUAUCCUUGCUGCAGUGAAUACGGCUUCUGCAACACUGGAACUUACUGUCUCGGAGGAUGCAACCCGCUCUACUCUAACACUGUCGACUCCUGCAUGCCCAUGCCCAUCUGCGAGUCCAAGAACUAUACCCUCUCUGAUACCUCACGCAUUCUCAGCAAUGCUACUUACUACAACGGCAACGCCUCUGAGUAUGACUGGAUCGUCCAACAAGGCACCAUCAUGAAUGCGACCUCGGGCGGCCAAACUGCCCUCGCCAUGCUGCUCACCGAGAACGGUGGUGGAACCCUCAUUUCAUCUACGCGCUACGUCCAUUACGGCCAGAUCACUGCAAGGAUGAAGACUGGUCGCUGGGCGGGUGUCGUGACUGCCUUCAUCACGAUGAGCGACAUCAAGGACGAGAUCGAUUGGGAGUUUCCCGGCAACAUAACCACCACUGGCCAGACCAACUAUUUCUGGCAGGGCAGCAUCCCCGCUAAGACUAACGGAGUGACCGAGUCUGGUCUCACGGACACCUAUGAGAACUGGCACGACUUCACCCUCAACUGGCAGCCGGAUGCUCUCGAGUUCCUCGUUGACGGCAACGUCACCCGCACGCUCAAAGCCUCCGACACCGUCGUCAACGGUGUCUCGCAGUACCCGAACACCCCCUCGCGCAUCCAACUCUCCAUCUGGCCUGCCGGUAUCUCCUCCGAGCCCGCGGGCACGGUCCAGUGGGCGGGUGGUAUGAUCAACUGGCAGGACCCAGACUAUACCUCGGCCGGCCACUUCUACGCCUACGUCGACACCGUCAGCGUCACCUGCAACGACCCCAGCACACCCACUUCGGACGACACGAGCUACGUGUACGGGUCGAACACGACCACGGACACCCCCAGCGUCUCCUUCUCGAACGCUACGACGGAGAUCAACGCCGCUGCUGGCCUGCGUGCCGUGGGCGGUGCCCAAGGCGCGCUCGCGAUGGCUGUGGCAUUCGUUGCUGCUGCUGUUACCCUGUUCUAAUUGCACGUAUAAUCAUCCGUGAUGGAUGACUAUGCGAUGAAGAGGACCGACGUCCUAGAUGACAUUUCGAUCUGACUUUUGAUAUCCAGUGUUCUUAUUCCUCCCAUUGUACCCUAUCUCAUACCCGGGAUUGUGUUUGUCUACGCAUCUCGCCUACGCUCGUAUACCCCAUUGUUAUCGUUGUGGUUUACAGCUGUGUUCACGCUAUAGUCCGAGCGUUUGUUUUCUCUGGUCCAUUGGAGAUGGAAUAAAUUAUCGUUUUGUGGUUUCCCGUU